AUGGCGCGUCGUCGUGACACAUUUUGUCCGAUCUCAUGACGUUUUUAUUUUGUUCUCUUCUCACCUGAAACAGGGGCAACUGUAUCCUCCGUCAGGGAAUACACAGCGUUACCUGUGCGAAUGAUGAAACAUUCGGGAAACAACACUCGACUGCGCGGCUGACCCCCCGCCUCCGCACGACAUUAUGACAGCAUGAUAGUAUGACAGCAUGUUGCAGGAGCGUUUGCUGAAGGACUGCAGAAAAUACUGUACACUAGGGGCGGAGUUUGACCUCGCAGCUCUCAAAACAUCACUAAUCCCGGACUGACACUCAGGUGGAGAGUCGUUGACGGCUCAUUGCCGUUGCUCAUAAACAAAUACAACAGAGAUACGGGACCUAAAAGGAAAAAAAAAAGACUGCAAGGGAAAACGUCAUUACAUAAACUGGAAAUAGUGAUGGAGAAUGGAUCGACGAGAAUGACUGGAUUGUAUUACUUUUAACCAGUGCUUCUAUUUUUGAUCGGAUUCCAGGAUAUUUUAGCUUGCCAGACCUACGCCGUCGCAGCACCUUAUUCACUUCGUCCAUGGAAAAAAACUUAAUCUUUUUCGGGUUUGGCCCUGUUGAUGUCCUGUGUUCAGAGCUGCAGAUCCAGAGCUUCUGCAUGAAUGAGCCUGGUGCUGGCUCCUUGGACCCUGAGCGAUGAAGCCCUUCGGCUCCUCAACCAGCACGCCCCGUUCCCCGUUUGUACCUGGGCAGCGGACACCCCCUCCGAACACCGGAUGGGGCGAGUGACUGUCAGAAUGCAAGCUAUGGGAAGAUCGACAGCAGUUUUAAGCCCUUGGAUUAUUGCCGUGCGUGUUGUAGACUUUGUGCUCAAGAGACAUCUCCACCAGUGAGGUAGCUUUGAAAGUUUGAGAUUGCCAUUUCUAAGAGGAACUUCCGGAAUUGUUUGACUCACUGCCACAGUAGUUUGGCGCACAGGACCUGGCGGCGGCCGACGUGAGACGGGACAGCCCGUGCUGGAGUCCCCUCCGACCUCCAAUGCUCCCAGCUGACGCACGGUCCGACCUCAGUGACGGCUCCCUCUCCCUGCUUGGCUGAGUCACUCCUCUAUCGCGGGGGCGCCUCCCUCCGCCCAAUGGCAUGGGUCAAGCUCUUCAAGAGGCCGGGAGGCAAUCUGGGGAAGUCCUACCAGCCGGGAAGCAUGAUGUCUCUGGCUCUCACCAAAGGCCUGCUGAACGAGCCCGGCCAGAACAGCUGCUUCCUCAACAGUGCUGUGCAGGUCCUGUGGCAGCUGGACAUCUUCCGACGGAGCCUGCGACAGCUUCCUGGUCACUUCUGCCUCGGGGACGCCUGCAUCUUCUGCGCUCUGAAGAGCAUCUUCACCCAGUUCCAGCACAGCCGGGAGCGGGCCCUGCCGUCGGACAACCUGCGCCACGCCCUGGCCGAGACCUUCAAAGACGAGCAGCGCUUUCAGCUGGGCCUGAUGGACGACGCGGCAGAGUGUUUCGAGAACAUUCUGGAGCGUAUCCAUCUUCACGUCGUGUCGGACGCGGAGGCGGACGUCUGCACCUCCAAGUCUUGCAUCACCCAUCAGAAGUUUGCCAUUGCGCUCUACGAGCAGUCUGUGUGCCGUAGCUGUGGAGCUUCCUCCGACCCCCUGCCUUUCACACAGUUGGUGCAUUACGUCUCCACCACUGCCCUCUGCCAACAGGUGGACCGCGCGCUGGAGAAGAGCGAGAGGCACAGGUCGGACAUGUUCGGGGAGCUGCUGCAGGCAGCAAGCACCAUCGGGGACCUCAGAAACUGCCCGAGUAACUGCGGGGAGAGCAUCAAGAUCCGACGCGUGCUGAUGAACUGCCCGGAGAUCGUCACCAUCGGCUUCGUGUGGGACGCCGAGCAAUCCGACCUCACCGAGGACGUCAUCCGCUCCCUGGGCCCCCACCUGAAUCUCUCCGGGCUCUUUUACCGGGUCACGGAUGAAAGCGCCAAGCGGAGCGAGCUGGACCUGGUUGGCAUGAUCUGUUUCUCCAGCCGACACUACUGCACUUUUGCCUACCACACCAAGUCGGCCAAGUGGGUCCUGUUCGACGAUGCCACCGUCAAAGAGAUCGGCUCCAAAUGGAAAGAUGUGGCCUCUAAAUGUAUCCGGGGUCACUUCCAGCCUCUGCUCCUGUUUUACACAAACCCUGACGGAGGCGCGGUCUCCACCGAGGACGCGCCCAGACAGACCACCAUGUGGCCCCAUUACAAGAGCCCGGUGAAUGGUGAGGUCACAGCGCCUGAUGUUCCGCUGUCCGGUUCAAAGAAGCUGGACGCGUCCAGAGAGGGCCCGCUGUCGAGUGGCCUGCUGUCCGGCCACGAGGGCUUCAAACAGAAGCUGCAGGGCUCCCCGGUCCCGGGGUUCGGGCGCGUGAGCGGGCAGACCGGCGCUGGACGAGGGCCAGUGAAAGUCAGCCCUGGGGAUCCGAAGUGCAAGCUCAGAGAGGCCCCCCGCGAGUCUGCGAGUCAGAGGACGGGGGAGGCGCGGACGCCCCACCUGCCAAAAAAGGAGCUGGAGAGGGGGCAGCGGAGACAAGACUCCCUCAGGCACCGAGAUGUGUUCUCGGAGAAGACGUACUCCAGAUCGGCCUCGCCCCCAGAGAUCAGGCAGCACGGCGACCAGAAGCUGUACAGCAGCCCGGGGAAGGGGCAGACCUGGGCCGAGAGGACGUCCCACCAGGGCAGGUCGUCCCACGAGCUCCGGGCGCCGUCGAGCCCGCCUGCCGGCCACGGGAGGAGGCACGAGGCCACGGUGAGCUCGGACACGGACGUCGGCCAGGACGGGCGGGAGAAGGCGGGCGGGGGCCGGAGCCGGAGCAGGUCUUGGAGGCCCGUGCGGGAGGUGCUCAACGUGGACAGCGUGCUGAACGAGCUGGAGCGCCGGCAGCACAGCCCGCGCCGCAGGUCCUCCGGCCAGGAGAGGGCGCCGCACCGUGAGCGGGAGAGGCCCCGGGCGAAGGACGAGCGCAAACAGAAGAGCCUCAUGACCAUCUACGAGGACGAGCAGAGGCUGGAGAGUGGGAGCCGCAGCUCCCAGGAGUCCGAGAGCCGGGGCAGCAGGGGGUCGGACAAGGGGCGCGGCAAGGGUGGGCCCGGCCUAAAAUUACGCAACGACAACUGGACCAUCCAGCGCACGGAGUCUGGGUACGAGAGCAGCGACAGGCUCAGCAAUGGCUCUACCAACCCAGACUCGCCUGUUGUGGAGAGCUUCGCAGCGAAGGAGUUAAGGCCAACACCAGAGGCACAGUUGCCAAGGAGCCCGCUCCGUCAGAGCAGAUGCGAGGAUGCGAGGCCUGACGUCCCGCACCCCUUGCACUCUUUCGGAGAACACCAAGUGAAAAUUAAAGGCAAGGGGGGCAGCCAUCAAGAUGCCCAUCUGUUCAAGUCUAGUCCAAGUAUAAGGAGGAGGUUCAGAUAUCCCCCUGUGAGUUCGGAGAGGAGGACAGGCGUCGACAGGGAUCCCCCGGUCCUGGUGAAUGACGUUGGCUGCCGGACCGAGAGCCCCGGCCUGCAGAACCUGGGCAAGACCAGCAGCUCGGAGUGGAACAGCUCCGACGACCUCACGGGCCCCUUCUCCGAGCAGGAGGACAGCGCCUACCGCUCCAGCAACAGCGAGACCGCGCCCCCCGAGUCGCCGGCCCUGUCCGAGUCGCCCGCCCCGGCCCCGCCCCCACCCCCGUCCCGGCACGCCCAGAACGAGCCUCCCCAGCCUCUCUGCCAGAGCCUGGCCUCACCGCUACCUCCUACCAAAUAUGCACACAGACAUGUGGUUGACAGCAGGGCCAGCUUUCGGCCGAGGCUGCUCCAGGAGCCCUCCCAAACAAGCCCUCGCCCCUCCCCCAGAGCUGCCCAGUCACAUUCCGCCCCUCCCCACGCCGCCCGCCCCCACACAGUCCCACACAGGUGGUCUGAAAGCCCGGCGGGACACGCCCCCUCUCCAGACCCGGGGUGCAGAUCAGGGCCCGCCCACCAGGGGAGGAGUGAUUCGUCAGCGAGCGAGGCCAGCGACCGGUUUCCCAGCUCCAAGCAGAGCUCGGACGCACCCAUCCCAGGAGAAGGAGUCGCGCUGACCACCUACUUCUCCGUGGACAACUGCAUGACGGACACGUAUCGGCUGAAGUACCACCACCAGCGGGUGGCACCGUACUCCGGAUCCAUGGACUCCAAGGGAGGGGAACGGGGUGAGGCAGGGGAUCCAGGCCACACGGUCCGAGCAGAGUCACUACCAUCCUCAGAGCUUCCAAAAAGUAGGCCUGAAACAGGAUACUCAAACAGUAAACCUACUGCAAGGUGGAAUCCAGUUACUCCUAGAGGACUGGAUGAGCAUGGAUUUCUGUGAUGAAAUCAACAGCCUGUUAAGUCAUGCGUGAUGCAGAAAAAUCAAGCAUUGAAUUGGACAACAGAAGUGAAUCCUCCUUUGUAAAGGAUUGAUCACACCAUCUUAACACAAAUAAUCUCAAAUUGCAGGUGUAUUAACUACCUACAGACUGUGAAAGUAUCUUUGUAAAUCGUCUUUUUCAAUUUAAGGACAUUUGUAGUUUUUGCCACUAGGGGGCAGGCUUUAUUUAUGGUUUUGCACAGUGACGAGCCAAAAAUAAAAGAAAAGCCAUCCUUUGUUUCUCAGUUAACUUUACUUUUUGGAAUGCUAUGUAAAGAUACUAUUUGUAUUGGAGGGUAACUGUAAAAAUAUAACUGCAAAAAUUACCCUUUAAACUGCACUUUUUGCUUUUCUAUUUUAAUACAAAAGCUGGUAUUUGUACAGUAUGAAGGUUUAGUCAUUAACAUUGUGACACUCCCAUUUGUGGGCAUGCUGUGUUGCUCAAGUUACAUUUUCACAUGGGUAGCAUAAUAUGUCAGGGAAUUUUCACACACAGGCAUCAGUUUGUAUAAAAACCCUAACAAGUCUUACCUAAUAGUAUAGCAUGUACUUUCAAAUUCCAUGUUUGAUAGCUAAGAUAAGCCACAGAACUAAUACCUUUGAACUGUGUCUAGGAAGCAGCUAUACAGUAUAUAUGUGUGAGUGGAAAACUUGUGAUAUGACAAGCUUGAUGUAAGUCAAACUGCCUUGGGAUAAAGCUCUGUAAUCUGUCAAGACAUUUUACAGACGCACAUUUGACAACACAGUGCAAACCUGCAAGUUUGGACACUUGGAAAAUGAGUUGAACAGAGGGUAAUUAUGUUCAAGUUUGACAAUAAUUUAAUGAAAACACCUCAUGAUUGCAUGAAUCAGGUGUUCCAGCUCAGAUCUUCCUUGCUUUCUUUGCCAACAAUGUAUGCAACGUUUUCAUUUGAUUUCAAUUCCCACAAUGUUUAUGUAUACGUAAGUGGGAGUAUAUUUUACUUUCCCGACCCUUUGAUUUGCUAUCAGAACCACUGGCUAAACAGCAUUUAUUGAUCACAAAUCAGUCUACAGGUGCUCAGGUAUGUUUGGUAUGCUGUACACAUUGUACACAAAUGACAAAAUUGUUAAAGGGAAUGGACAGCCAACAUCAAUUAUGUCUUAAAUCUAGAAAGGAAAGGUAUUUAAUGAAAGGUAUGCAAUUUGCCUGCUUUUUGUACAAACUUU